CCAGGCUGCCAGAUUUGGGACCCGACCCAGCAAAAUCUUGAGCGAGAAGCAGAGUGCCGCGGAAGCCUCUCCUUCCCUCCCCUUCUCCCCUCUCAUAAAGCGGUAGCCCUCCGUCGAGCCGAGCAGUCAGCAGCCGCCGCGUCCCCCGCAUCCCCCAUUCCCCGAGCCGAGCCACGCCGGACCGGUCGCCGAGGGACACCAGCUGCUGCUCCACACGCCAAGCCAUGGUGGAAUCCAAUGCCCCGCGGAGCACCGCGCCUGCCGCCGCCGGGCUCUUCAGGGUGCCGGGCCUCUUCGUGAGGCUGAGCACCAAGGGAGCGGCGGACCCGGACACGGUGUGGAGCCCGACCUCCCCGCUGGACUUCAAGAGCCUCCGGUCCAGCCCGCCGCGGGUCGGCCUCGGCCUCGUCGACGCCCUCACCGUCGCCGACGGGAGCUGCUGCUCCGUGCACCACCUGGGUUGCAGGAGCUCGUUCCUCGACUCCAUCAGGCCGUUCCUCGAGCUCGUGCUGCCUAAGGCGGCGUGCGGGAAGGCCGCCUCGUCGCCGGGCGUCGCCGCCACCCCGGACGAGGUGAGCGCGUACGCAGCGGACUGCGAGGAGUACACCUGCGUCAUCUCGCGCGGGGCGAACCCGCGGACGACGCACAUCCUCGCCGGCGAGACGCUGGAGGUGCGCGGCAGGGGCGAAGCGGGCGGUGGUGGUUGCAGGAAGGCGAUUUUCAGCAUCGAGCCUUUGAGCGACCAGCAGCCGUCAACGUCAUCGCCGGCUAGUGCGGCCGCGCCCGGCCGCUGCCGCUGCUGCAUCAAGAAGCUGCCGGAGAAGAUGGACAUCUUCAUGUACCUGGGCAAGGCGUUCUGCAGCAACGAGUGCAGGAAAGGGUACAUGGAGGAGGAGAUCGAGGAGGCGGAGGAGCUCAUGAUUCUGGACUCUGCGCUGAAUCUCUGAUUGAAGAUUUGUGAAGCUGCCGAGGCAAAGUAGUAGUAGUAUAAUAUUGCCCGCAAGCUUUCUGCCAUCGCUUUUGCCACCUUUACUACUAGGAUUAACCAAGAGGGAAGGGAGUAGGAAAGGAGGGAGAUGCCUCUCGUUCGAUUUUUUCUGAAGUGGAGAGGUUUUCGGCUCGGCCUGUUUGUGCAUUGGCCGAGCCAAUUUUCAUGAUUUGUUGCUGCUGAGCUCCCCAUUUUGGCUGCUGUCAAACUGUUCUGCGCCAUCAAUAUAUCAUUACUCCGAUUUCUUACAA